AUUGGAGCAUUGUCUUCCCCAUGAGAGCUCUGAAAGGGCUGCACUUAAUGAGGAUGGACUGAGAGAGAGGUGGCUCGUAGGCUAUAAAAGGCUCCCCACAGGCAGGAGCGGCUCAGUCCGGGGUGCGCUGCCCGUUCGUCUGCUAGCGGCUCGCUCCGAGCAUGGUCACGGCCCACCGCAGGCACCCCUCGAGGUCGGGCAGCCCAUGGCUGCUGGCUCUGCUGGUGCGCCUGCUGCUCGGGGGCUCUCCCGGCGCCCGGGCGAGCUACCUGAGGAGGUCCUCCGGCUGCACGGCCAUCCCCAACAGCAUGGCCUUGUGCUACGACAUCGGUUACUCCGAGAUGAGGAUUCCCAACCUGCUGGAGCACGAGACCAUGCCAGAAGUGAUCCAGCAAUCCUCCAGCUGGCUGCCCUUGCUGGCCAGAGAGUGUCAUCCAGACGCUAGGAUUUUCCUCUGCUCCCUCUUUGCACCAAUCUGCUUGGACAGGCUCAUCUACCCCUGUCGCAGCUUGUGCGAAGCUGUCAAGAGAAGCUGCGCACCCGUCAUGGCUUGUUACGGCUACCCGUGGCCUGAAAUCCUGAACUGCAACAAGUUUCCUGCAGAUCACGAGCUGUGCAUCUCAGCAGUCUCCACCGAGGAAACAUCCUCAAGCAGGAGAACAGUGCCCCGAGCCAGCUGCAAGGAUUGCGAGCUCGAGGAGGCCAGCACUGCCAGGGAGAUCCUGGAAAACCUGUGUGCCAGCGAUUUUGCGGUGAAAAUCAGGAUCUUCAGGAAGAACACAACCACAACCAUCUCCGACUUCGACCUGGACCCCUCCCGGGUGGAGGUCCUGAAGCACGGCCCGCUCCUCCGAACCGAAAUCCCCAGCAGGCUCCAGCAGUGGCUGGACAUAGAUGCCACCUGCGCUCACAACAUCAUGAGAGGCACCCACGCGGGGGUCUUCGUCGUGAGCGGAGAAGCGCAGAGCGACAAAGUCGUGGUGAACAAGGCCUAUGCCUGGCACAAGAACAGGAACCUGCACCAGGCGGUGCGGAGAUGGAAACAUCACCGCUGCCCGGAACAGCCUGGCAGGAAGGUCUGAAAUCCCCCUUCCGCAAUGAGAAACUGCUCCCUUCCCUACAGCUAGAAAACUCCUUUCUCUGGCAGUUGCGGGUUUGGAGACGUACAGUCAAUAUUUUUAGGUGAUUCAAAGCAAUUCAUAGUCAGCAUAAAGGGCCUCGCUACAGAUCAUCUCCCUGAGAGAUCACUGAAAUUGUUUUAAUGAGACAGAGCUUAAGGAUACAGACGUGCCAGAGCCCUCUCCCAAGCUUCUGCACACCCCGGAUUUCCGACGGACAGCUCUGUGUAGGAGCAAACAUCACAGUAAAUGUGAACCGAACUCUGCAGGUGAGCACAAACUAGAAUAACAGCUUCAUAACAGUUCCUACUAGUUCUCAUAAUCAAAGUUGGUAAUCAUUUCAGCUGCAGUACUUGACUCUGAAAUACUGAGGCUGUUGAAGCGCCUGCUUGCUUUAUGGCCAGAGAGACUAUACAAAAGUUACCCUGACUGCUAAAAGAUGCUCUUUAUUUAGUGGAAUAAACACUUUAUUUUUGAGCAGCCUGUAGUACAUCAAGGGGGGAGGGAAGGCAGUGCCUAGCCCCUUAAAAAAAAAAUGCUAAAUUGGGCUCUUGAGCAGUCAUUCGGGCUGUUCCUCCGGCUUGCUGCUCUGAGCGUUAGAGGCCACCUGCACAGGUGAAAGGAAAUGGCCAUUCUGGCACAGGAAAGGGUAAAGAUAGCUGAAGAUUUUUACAGAACAGGGGAAAACACUUUUUUUACAUUAGAAAUGCAGUUUGGAUCAAAAGAUUCCGGUAACUAGGGAACUAUCAAAGAUAUCGCAAGAGCCUUGAGAAAGAGCACAGCAGGACUGGACUCUAGCUGUUUAAAGCUGUUUUGGUGGCAACGGCAGCUUUGCUGGGGAUUCGGAGGUGAGCCCCAAACACAGAGCCCGGCAGGAGGUACUUCUGCAAAACCCGAGAUGCCGUUCUUUGUAUUUCUGAGGUGGGGAGAAAAAAGAAACACUACGCAUCUGUUCGGCCUUCUCUCUGCAUGCAGGAAAGAUAGAAAGGGUAACAAAACCCAGUCUCCUGAAGUUCUCUGCAGAUCACCCUCUAAUCCAAGCUAGUACGGACUGUAGUUACCUUCAGGGACGAAUACAGCUAUAGCUCCAAGCUACAGACUGCAAAACAGAGAACAGCAAAUCCCAAAAUGAGAAAACAUGUCCGAUUUCUAGUGUCUGACAAAGCACCGUCUAUGUAAAGUUUUCUACACUGGAUUAAACUUGGGACUGAAACAAGGAAAUCACAGGAAAAAAACAGCUUUGGGGAUAAAUGCGUUCUUCCUUGUGCAUGAAGUCUGCAUUUGCAGUGUGGAGAGAGCCAUCGGGUUUGAUGAAGACACAUUGCCUCCCUGUGCUCAUAAAGCACACCAACAACGCGCAAGAUUUUCUCUUCGGAUUUAGUGCCGGCUGAGAUGAGCGCUUAGACACUCAUACUGAAAUUCAGCUGUGCCCUGACAUUUGUGCAGUGAUUACUUCUAUUCCCCGAGGCUCAGAAGAAAAACACAGCGAGAUUUCCUAUUUUUAUUCCUCCCUGCUGCCUUGUCUUGCAAACUGCAGCCCAGUCUACAGAAUCUGCUGCCAGGUGGUCUCUGUAAUGGCAAUAUCUUCUGAACAGACUGCAUUUUGAAAACACAACAGAACACAUAAAGCUCUGAAGGUUGAAAAGGCUUUGUCUGAUAUUUGUUUUCCAUUAAUAGGAUUAUUUGAUUACUAGUGUUUCCUAACUAAAAAGGGCACAGAUGGUCUGACUUACGAGCUUUAGAAAUGACGUCUCAUAGCCAGAGGGGAGAAAAAAUAGGGCAGGGACUUUGUCAUAGCUCCAUGAAACAUGCUUGGGUUCAACGCAGAUGGUUUAUCCACAUUUUUAAAAAACAAACCGCAAAUUCCCCUAUGGUGUCCACUGCCAUCCUCCAAAACACAAAGCUCACAUUAAGUCAUUAGUGAGGCAUCCGCUCUGUGGUCCCACUACAGCCUGCUCUGCCGAAUGCAAAGGUCACAGACCAUCCACUUAUUUCCUUGAACUGCCUCUCACAGGCCACAACGCUUAUUGUUAAAUAAACUCCCCAGAACUUAAGAGCCCUUCUUUGCUGAUGACUUUUGGUUUUGUCUAUCGCAACCAAGUUAAAUAUUUGUUUCAGCUAAUUUAAACAACAGAGAU